AGGUGGAAGUGUGGACUUGGCCUUGGUGCUUGGUGAUAGAGUGCUUCUUUGUCACCAAAGAACAUGGCUGAGCUUCCUGAGGAUUUGUCUGAGCUGACCGUAGUCCAGCUCAAGAAGGAGCUCAGUGACCGCGGCAUCACCGUCAAGGGCCGCAAGGCCGAUUUGGUCGAGCGCUUGGAUGAGGCGCGCACGCACGAGCCGGAAGGCACGGCUGCUGGAGAAGAUGGCACGUCCUCCCCGGCUGAGAGCGCGCCAACCAAGGCGGCAGCUGAGGCCACUAGUGAGCCGACCACUGAAGACAGCGCACCUGCGGCGUCGGAGACCGCAAAGACUGAUGAAGCAGAUCAAGAACGCGUCGGUAACGUGACAGCAGCCGAGCCAAAGCCCGUGGCCCAGGCUUCUACCAACGUCGAUGCCCCCGCGGUCGCUGCAGCAACGAAGGAGCCUCAGCCCCAGACCACAUCAACAGAUUCUGCAGAUGCGUCGAAUGGGGCGCCAACCCCGAAGCGCCGCCGCUGGCGCCAAAGCACCGAAGCACGGCAGCAAUCAGCUGAGGAUGCCGUGAUUGAUGCCAACGCGCUUCAGGCCAUGGUACAAGAGAGCCUGCCCACACCAGCAGAGGCGAUGGAUGACGGCCAGGAUGACGUCAAAGAACCCAAACCCGGUGCCAUGAAUCGAGACAACGAUGCUGGCACGGAGGAUAGUACAGGUCCUGCUGCCGAAACUGGACCCUGCUUUGUUCAAGUGCGCAACCUCAAGCGCCCGUUUACGCUGAUAGCACUCAAGGAAUUGCUGAGUCAGCAUGGUACCAUCUUGGACAAUACAUUUAUGACUGACAAAGUGCGCUCAAGGUGCUUUGCAAAGUUUGAAACGCCGGCGCAGGCGCGUGCCACCGCAGAUGCACUCAAUGGCAUGCAGUGGCCCAGCAUUCACGGCCAGAACCUCCGAGUGACAGUUGAGGCAACGAAUACACUUGCGGAACAAGUGGCCGAACAGCAAGCAGCCGCAGCUGCCCAACACCGUGAACGUAUGAUUGUCAUCCGCGCGUUGCCGCCGCAUCAUGUGCUUCGCGAAUGCGCCCUCUUGAUGUUGGACCCGAUAGAGACCCGACUCGAAUCCGCUCACCUUGCUAUGGCCAUGUCUGUGCCUGUGUCCGUGUGUGUCACAGAGCCCCCGACUGCUGAUGCUCCCAAACAAGCUCGCCCAGCGGCACCCAGGAAACCCAAGGAAGAACCGGUCGUUGGGCUCUUGGAUGAUUUGUUUCGCAAAACCAAGACCCAUCCCCAUCUUUAUUGGCUACCCAACUCUGAAGCUGAGGCGCAGGCGGAGGGCGAGCGGCGUCGUGAACGCCAAGCGGCGAAGGAGGCACGCGAACGCGCGCCAGCACGUCGCAGCCUCCCGACCAAUGCCAACCUGGCGCCUCCGCCCGCUGCCCGCCCAUCCAAUCUACCAUAUUGGAUGACGCAGCAAAAGUAGAAUGGCAAAGCGCCCCAAUACAUGGCCGGGCAACGCAUCUGAUUGCCGUGCCACCCCGUGUAAUUGAUAUGCCACAAG